AUGUUACGGAGACCGUGAUACAAAUUUGCCAUGGAAGACGGCGAUGCAACCUGGCGGCAGACGCGAACACAUUUUGAAGCCCUUGCCAACCCAACUCUCGAAUGUACUUAAAGGUUGUUUAUACAUGCGUGCCAAAACAAGUUCUUAAAGAUAGCAAGGAGUCGGAAGUAGAGCCUGACAAAGCUGAGGACUUAGACGGCGAUAUGAAUGAUCUCUACGACGAUGAGCUGAUCUACAAGGAGUCAGAAGCUAUUCCCAAGCUAUACAGCAAUACAACAACGGCAAGACGCGGUAAUGGCACCAGCUCAGCCGGGUCGGGGUCCAGUGCUAACGUGUCGAGCAACCAGACCAUAAUGAACAGAUCCCAGGUUAUAGAUGGCGAUAAAAGUGGCGUGAAUCCUGUGAUGACACACAGUGCUGACCAGAGUCUGGAAGAGGACCAGGAACGUUUAUAUUUGUAUCUUAUUGUCUUGGGCUCACUGGGAGUGCUUUUCUCUAUAAUCAUUUUCGCAACUAAGCUAGUGCUUCAAAAGCGCGAUCUUACUACUGAUGCGCACUUAAGCUCCUUGGCCAAAGGAAGGGAUAGAGCAAUUGAGGAGACAAUUAUCCAGAGCGGUUUAAACGAUACAAUCUCAGAAAUAGACGCCGACAUUGACAUUAAAACUCCACUGCCCUUACCCAGUGUGUUUAAAAAUGAGAACUACCUGACGUACGCUCCAGCUAGUAGCCUUUACGCUGGUUUGUCCCCCAACCAGUUACCUCCGGUGAGUUGCCCAGGACCUGGCGCCGAGCUUAUGCCAAAUUCAGUUUUAAUGGCGGGUCGUCAGUCACCUGACCUCAUCGGUGUAGCGCAGGGACCUUUUGUCACCACGAGUGUUGGCAGUGCAGGCGGUCAGGGUCCAGUAGCGGGCAUUCUGACCUCAGCUAUUGUGAUUGGAACUAGCGCCCCCAGUAACAGUCCAAUAAGUCCAAUGGUACCCAUUACCUCGCUGGACCCGUAUACGAGUGCGCCUUCAAUCAGUGGUGGGUAUAUCAUUAACCCCGACAGCAUAAGUGUGCAUCAACGGCAGAAGAGCACCCCAACACCGGCGUCCUUGUUGACUAGAAGCUCGCCAGCGCACCAACCGCAACCGCCGCUAGUGAAUGUCAGUUCACAAAAUAAUGUGUCCAUACCUGGUCAGGGCACAUCGACAUUGCGACGGGCAAAGCCAAGUAUUUUGCAGCCGCAUCUUUCAUAUGACGGCACCGCCCCACGCACUCUCUCAACCGGCGUGGCCGUUGGCUCACAGUUCUACUACGGAUGACAAAGUACAUUGGACUGCGAUCCCCAUGUGUACACCACAGCUUUGGGUGUGGAAAUACGCGUGGCUCCCUCAAUUGUGGCAGAUCGUUCAAGCGCAAUUGAAAACUUUGCCGCAUCUUAGCCAUUGACUUCGGCAAUGCCAAACUCCUCAAGAUUAUUGGAAAAUUUCAAAUGAGGCGUAAGGGACAAUUCGAAGAAAAUUUCUGCUGGCGUUUUCAGCUAUAAGCUAAUCCUAGAUCCAAAGUGAAGAUGGCUGUUAUCUAAUUACUGCCCCUAGAUUGGUACAGAUGCAGUUUUAAACAUGGAAAAACACCGGAAAAUGAAGAAAGCUAAUAAGUUAAUUCAAUUUCCACAUUCUCUAAAAAACUUUUAAGACAAUGUCGAUGGCUCUAAAAACGGAAUAUAUUUUGACAAAAUGUUCAGGUUGUUUUCGAAAAGUAUUACUUAUACUCGCGAUAGAAAGAAUCAAUUAACCGGAAAAGGUUUGCACUGAUUAAGCAAAAGCGAUUUGUGGGCACGUAGUCACAAUUGCUCAGUCCAAUUUAUACAAGGCACUACUGGCCUCAUCCCGAGCACGGCUUGGCAAAAAGCAAAUGCAUUGUGCACACGAUCCAAAUUUUGGGGCACUUAACAAAAUUCAUAACAAAGCGUGUUGUUAAAUUAAGAUUUUCUAUGAUCUUUGAUUUUAUAUCAUUUUCACAUAAAUCUAUAAAAUUUGUUAUUUAGCUAUGCUUGGUCGGAGGUUUUCUUCAAACUGUCAAGUGCCUUCCUAAUUAGUACUUAAGAGUGUAGUUUUCGUUUACUUAAAAUUGAAAGUCAUCGGAGGGGACGGUGUAGAAGUUAGAUAAAAGAAGGCAACCCAAUAGAUAUAAAAUUAGUGUAUUAAAAAUUGUAAAUAAGUAGCUUUGUGGAUAUAAUAUUCGAUUGUUGGAAUUUUGAUAAAAUAACUUCCUGGCAUUAGAAAGGGUAAGGUGCAGAGUAGGGAAAGAUGACGAACUGGCCAAAUCUCACAUGUGACGUUACGUAAAUAUUACAUACAAUUGUAGUCGAUUUCUCGUAUCGUUCUGACUAUGUAAUUACACUAAUAUUAUUAAGUUCGUGAGAUGUUUUUAACCAUAGAGGAUGAGCAAAAAUUAAAAAACCAAUUUAUAAGUGUUUCAGCAUUGCCAGAGUAAAGAGAUUUGGAAAACCAAGUGAAACAAAUACACUGGUCGGCAUUUUUUUUAUUUUGACGAAACAAAAGUUAAAUACAUACAAACAUACAAAAAUUUGUAUACUUCUAUUUUUUAUGAUUUUUA